GAAGCCAGGGCGCAAGUACAUAACCGCUGUACCACUUUUGUUUUCGUGGAGGCGGGUGAAACGUACAGAAGAGAACGGGCGGGUGUUUUUCGCGCAGUGUUGUUCGUGGUGAAUUAGCUAGUGACACGUUAACGGUACUUCGGUCAUUAUUUGUUGUAAAGUGUUGAUGAUUGUCGGUUAGUACGGUUGGACGAAAAAAGAUCAUGGGCGCGGGGAGUUUUUGAAUAUUGAUGUCAACGUCUGCGUGUUUUGCCGGUAGCUGUUUGGACCUGUUGCAUUCACCGGGAUCUGAGGCGACCUCGAGCAUUCGUGAAGGAAAGGGAGUGUUGACCUUCAGAAUAAGAAAAAAAUAAAGGAAAAACGAAAAUAUAAAACCAAUAAAAAUGCAUUCGUCCUCUGUCCUGGCUUUGGCGGUGUGGUGCGUCCUUGUGUGCGAUGACUCAGCAGCGGCCGGCCCGUUACCCAACCUCACCCUGAGGGAGUUUCCGCCAGUGGUAGACGGGUUGGAGUUGCAGAGGGUGGGCGGGAGAGCUGACACGCCCGUGCUCAGGAAAGAUUACAGUGACGCUAUCUACGCCGGCCGCUUCGCCAUCGAGUUGGAUCGGCUGGAAAAACAGCGUAAUGAGAUUUUCUCCGAUUUUAUCUUCUCGGGUUUCACGAACUCUGAGGUGCCCCGGGAGCUGCCACUGGACCUCCAGCAGCUCUCUAGGACGCCGUCUCCGCCUCUCGCCUCCUCCGGCGUCCUCUCCUCUCCUGCGCCCUUAGGGAGGAGCGUGACCUCCAGCAGCUUCUUCAGGUUCCCCGGAGAGGUCAGGAGGACUCCUCCCACUCGGGACGUGGUCAGCACAGCCACGGCCGCGCCAGGUAGGCCAGUGCUUGCCCGCCUCUUCUCGCCAACUCCCCGGGCGCGCCCCCACCCCUUCGGCAGCCCCUUCGUCAGGAGAGCAAGGUCGUAAAGAAAGGUCUUAGAGGAAGGUCACGUGUUCUUAAGUGGUUAAGUGAAACGUAAUUGAAGAGUAAGAUCAGUCCGAUUUUUCUGUAUAUUUUUGUUUUUGUUUUUGUUUUUGUUUUUUCUCGUACCUGUGUAAAAGGAAUCAUCGGUAAAAAGAAAUGUGUAAAAAUUAAUGGAAUAUAAGGAAAUUUGGAAUUCUCUCCAUAAAUGGAUAAAGAAGAGAGAAAGAGAAAAAAAGAAGAAGAAGAAAAAGAAAAUGAAGAAUUUAUAUUCAUUCCUAUAACUGGGUCAGCCAUUUACUUUCUGACUUCUCCCCUUUGAUAAUAGUUAUUCAACGAAUUCCAUUGAUCUUUGAAAGUUCUGUUACUUUAUAAUAUCUGAAAAAAAUCAAAACUGAUCUUCUGUUUACCAACUGUGAUCAAAGUGAUACAACUUAUAUAUUUUAUAUAGUUUUUUAUCUUUUAUUUUUUUCAUAUUCGGAAUAAUGUAUUGAUAUAACUGCCAUCUGUGAUAACUAGUGCAUUAAGUUUAACACACCGAGCUGUAGUUCUUAUACAAGAAAACAACAACAACAAUAACAAUAACAGCAACAACCGUAGACUGUUCAAAAAGCUGUACCCAGUUAUACAGUCAAUGUGUUUGGAUUUAUGUUCUGACAACGUAUGUAAACAAACGUAAUCAAUAUAGGCUAAUCUCUCGCUUGUCCAUAUAUGUACAUUACUCCCUUUGUAGAAAUUACCCAUCUUCUUCCUUGAAAUUUGAUAGAUAAUAUAUGCCACGUUCAAAAAAUACGUAUAAUGCUCUUUGUUUCGGCUCUUGUCCUAUACAAGAUGCUCGCAAUACGCUAAUUAACGAUAUGUAAAGAAAAUCGGACGAUGGAUUACGAUACGAAACUCUGCUUGGCACCGGUUUCUGUACGUAGCUUUUCCCUGUUGCUUUUAUUUUUAUACAGAAUAUAUUGUAAGCAGUGAA